CUCAAAGUAUCUAAAAAAGAAACCAGGGUGGAGCUGUGUUGAGCAGAAAGGAAGAAUACAUGGUUUUGUCUCUGGAGAUCAGUGAAGUGAAAGAUCCAGCCAAUGGCAGGCUGGCGUAGACCUUCACAUGUCCGGGUCAAAAAGCCCACCAGCACAAAAUUAACCACUGUAAAAAAAUGACGGUGACGGUGACGGUGACGGUGAUAUAGACGACAACCAAGGUUCCGUUUCGUUUGAAGGAAAAACACUGAAUCUCGGUUCGGCUGUACUCAACUUUGAUCUUCCUUACUUCACAUGGUUGGCUUACCUUCUUAUUCCCAGAAAUCUACGAAAAACCCUGGGGGAAGAAGCUAGAAACAGAGGGGAAGCGGAGAAGAAUACGUGGAAAAUCGAAACGUAAGAACAGAGUACAAAUGGGCGGAUACGGACUGAGGUCUGCGUUUGAUUCGAGAACAGGGCAGAUGAUAAUGGUGGCCCUGGUGCUGAUGGUGGGAUCCUUCUAUGCCGGUACUCUCUUUGGCAACAAUGCCCCAAUAUACGUCUCUCAAGCCUCCUCGUCCUCGUCGUCAUCCCCAUCUUCCAAUCCUUCGUCGUCGAGUUCAACCCAAGGUUCGGCUGCAUUCACAAACAAGGUUGCUCUUACUUAUCGAAGAACACCACUUGUGAUCCCAGAAAAUGGAAUGGAUGUGUGUCCCUUGAGGUUCAAUGAGUAUAUCCCGUGCCAUGAUAUAUACUACGUGAAAACAUUGCUGCCAAGUUUGGAUCUUUCGAGAAGAGAAGAGCUUGAAAGGCAUUGCCCUCCACUUGAACAGCGCUUGUUUUGCUUGGUACCACCACCUGAAGAUUAUAAAAUACCAAUAAGAUGGCCAACCAGCAGGGAUUAUGUGUGGCGAAGCAAUGUGAAUCAUACACAUCUUGCUGAAGUCAAGGGUGGACAAAAUUGGGUGCACGAGAAAGGUCAGUUGUGGUGGUUCCCGGGUGGAGGCACUCAUUUCAAACAUGGGGCAGCUGAGUACAUUCAGAGGUUAGGAAAUAUGACAACUAAUGAAAGAGGUGACCUGAGGUCAGCAGGAGUAGUGCAAAUUCUGGAUGUUGGUUGUGGAGUUGCCAGCUUCUCAGCUUAUCUCCUUCCCUUGGAUAUUCAGACAAUGUCUUUUGCUCCCAAAGAUGGUCAUGAGAAUCAGAUUCAAUUUGCUUUGGAGCGAGGAAUUGGUGCAAUGAUUUCUGCCAUAGCUACCAAACAAUUACCCUAUCCCGCAAACUCUUUUGAGAUGGUUCAUUGCUCAAGAUGCCGUGUUGAUUGGCAUGAGAAUGAUGGGAUUUUACUGAAAGAGGUGAAUCGCCUUCUGCGAACCAAUGGAUACUUUGUCUAUUCAGCACCACCUGCUUAUAGAAAAGAUAAAGAAUUUCCGAUGAUUUGGGAUAAAUUGGUUAAUCUGACUACAGCAAUGUGUUGGAAACUCAUUGCUCGAAAGGUCCAAACAGCAAUUUGGAUUAAAGAGGAAGAUGAGUCAUGCCUUCGGCACAAUGCGGAGCUGAACCUUGUAAAUAUUUGUGAUGCUGUUGAUGAAUCUAAACCUUCAUGGAAUACACCCCUGAGGAACUGUGUACAAAUAAGAAAUUCAGCAGAACAGAAACUCCCCCCUCAACCAGAACGUCUUUCAGCAUAUCCAGAGAGGCUAAGCCAAACAGGUAUCAGUAAAGAAGAAUUUAAUUCUGACACUAACUUCUGGAAAGAUCAGGUUCGACGUUACUGGAAGCUGAUGAAUGUCAACAAGACUGAAGUACGAAAUGUCCUGGACAUGAAUGCUUUUUGUGGUGGAUUUGCUUUGGCUCUGAAGUCAUUUCCUGUUUGGGUGAUGAAUAUAGUGCCUGUGAGCAUGAAAAAUACCUUGCCUGGUAUAUAUGACAGGGGACUGUUGGGUGCUUUUCAUGAUUGGUGUGAGCCAUUUUCAACAUAUCCCCGCACAUACGAUUUGUUGCACGCCAACCAUAUCUUCUCUCACUACAGAAACCGUGGAGAAGGUUGCUUGCUGGAGGAUAUAAUGCUUGAGAUGGACCGUAUAGUACGACCUCAGGGAUUUAUUAUAAUUAGGGAUGAGGAGUCCAUUACAUCAAGAAUUCGAGACAUUGCUCCGAAAUUUCUGUGGGAGGUUGAAUCACACUUCUUGGAAAAUAAAGAGAAAAAGAUGGAACCUGUGCUACUUUGUAGAAAGAAGUUCUGGGCAAUUGUGUAAGGGUUUGCCAGCUUUCAGAACUCUAUCAAUGGAAUCUUUAACAUCCUGCUUAUACCACCACGGUGAUUUUUGCUCAUCUGUUUUCUCCUGGCUUCUCCAUAUGGUUACUGGCCUCAUGGUAAAGAAAAUCUUUGGCGUAUUCAUGAAAUCUAUAAUUUCAUUCAUUGCUUGAUAUCAUCAUCUUCUCUGUAUAUGUUUUGGUAGCUAACAGUAACUGACACUUGUAUUUCUCAACAGAUUCUAUAGCAGCUAUCCAUUUUUGUUUAAUCCGAUUUUUUAGAGAACAAAGAAAUUGACAUUCUGAACUGGGUUAAUUGACACUUGUAUAUGUUUUGGUACACGUGCAUGAAUGUGUGACUUCCGGAAUACGGUAGGAUUCUUUCCA